UGUAACUUACAAGAGAAACUGAAUUUAAAGUUAACUCAGUAUUAUUUUUCUUCUUCAGAUGUGAUGCUGAAUUCUGAAGGCUGAUAUUUACAUUUUUAAAGAAAAAAGUAAAAAGAAAGAAGGAAAGAAAGAAAGAAAGAAAGAAAGAAAGAAAGAAAGAAAGAAAGAAAGAAAGAAAGAAAGAAAGAAAGGUGUACAAAAUAUAAAGCAUUGAAAAAAUAGAAUUUUUUAAUGUCAGUAAUACUUAGGCUAGGUGCAGAUUAUCAAAAAUUACUACUUAUUUAUAGUUACCCAUGUUUUCUUUCCUUGAUAAUUAUACUGGUUUAAAUAGUUUUAGGCAUUGCACAAGUUCAGGUGUGAAAACCGAGGCAUUGAUGCCCUGCAGUUCCUUCAUGGACCACAUGUUGGAAACCUAAGACAUUAAAAAUAUAUAUAAAAAUUUAUUUGAUAUAUAUAUAUUUUUUAUUUUGACACUAUAAAACAUAGGUUAGGAUUUGCUCCAAAAGUCUAGAGAACUGAGAGUCAUUCAGGUCGUUCACCUGUGGCCCCUGAUGUGAUGAGCUCCUCUUGGUGGCACUAUUGUCCUGACUCUAUCAGGUAUUAGUGUCCAGGUAAUGAACCGUCUCAGCUUUCAGACUGUAAGAAAAGCUGGUGCCCAUCUCUACAGCUACGAGACCAGUAGUUAACAAGGAUCACACCAGUGGAUCAGGCUACCUAAACGACUGCAGCUUGUCAUAUUUCGCCCUACCGAGGUCUACGUUCACACAUGCGAUGCAGUCACUUGCCCAAGAAAUUAAAUCUUUCUCCAAAACCAAUCUGCGGAAGCAAUGCACUCGGGUGACGACUCUGAGCGGGAGGCGGAUUAUUGAAACAUGGAAAGGGUCCACCAUCCAUGUGGUCGAGGACACUGUCCAACCUGAGACACCAUGUGGAUACAUUCAGGAUAAUACAUGGGAUCUCCAAGUGGGAUAUAUUAGACCUUAUUUAUUACUGGGUUCACAGGAUGCCGCCCAUGACUUUGGAACUUUAAAAAAGUACAAGGUAACUCACAUACUGAAUGUGGCAUACGGUGUGGAAAACGCUUUCCCAGAUCUCUUCAUCUAUAAAACCCUGAGCAUACUGGAUCUGCCCGACACUGACAUCAUAUCCCACCUGCAUGAGUGUGCACAGUUCAUAGACCAGGCCAAGGCUGAGAAAAGUGUAGUGCUGGUCCACUGUAACUCUGGUGUGUCUCGGGCAGUCUCUGUGGUCAUUGGAUACCUGAUGUGGAGAGAAGGCCAGUCAUUCGAUGAUGCGUUUUCCCAGGUGAAGUCAUCGAGGCCAGCGUCAUGUCCAAACCCGGGUUUCAUCGACCAGCUGAAGAACUUCAAACCCCAAACUGGUGUACAAGCAAAUGGUCUGACUGGCCAUUCAUAAAUCCUCUUACAUUGUGUGUGUGUGUGAGUGUGUGUGUUAAUAGUAAAGGCACCAGGGCUUCUGAUGAGGUUUCUGAAAUGGCCAUAGCCAUGAUAAUUGUGAUCUUCUUUCUUAUAUGAGCUUGAGUUGGAACAAGCAUUUAGACUGGCAAGGACAAGUUGUGGAGGAUACAUAUACAUACAAAUAUAUAUGAGAAUCAGUCACGGGAACACAGCAGAGCUUAUUAACCUAUUAGUGUUAUUAUUUUACUUCUUAACCCAAUUAUUGACUCUAAUCGAAUAAUUGGUUCUAAAUUAUUUUUAGAGUUACAGUAAAACCCUUAAUGUACAUUUAAUAUACAUUACAGUGCAUUUCCCUUCACUUUUCAAAGUAUUUAAGGAUUAAAAAUCAAAACCUUUGGGGAAAAUCAGCUUAAAAGUGCUUUCUGAGAUUUCUGACACUAUAUUUUUUCUCGAAGCUCUCAGGAAGGCAAGACACGGCUAAUGCUCUGGACUUAAUCAUCAGGAAAUAUACAGAAUAAUGAAAAAUAUAUUUUUAUUUUUUUAAAGCCGUCUGUGCCGACUUGGACCAUAAUCAUAUCUGCUAAUUUGUUGUUUAAUUUAAAUUCAGUAAAAAAAAUAAAAUGUUAAAUGUUAGUGUUAAUGAUAAAGUUGUAGGUUGUGUGUAUGUUGU